AUGGCAAAACUGGAAGCAUUUCCUAUGACUGGUGGAUCUGGCCGCUAUAGAUACACCAGAAACUCUACCCUUCAGAGAAAAGUUAUAGAGUCUACUAAAGAACUAAUCAAAAAGGCAAUUUUUGAGGAGCUCGAAAUCACUAGCUUUUCUUCUUCAAACACCUUUCGAGUUGCUGAUUUGGGUUGCUCAGUUGGACCAAACACAUUUCUAGCAGUGCCAAACAUACUUGAUGCCGUGAAGCUCAAGUAUGAAAACAAAGGACUCGUAUCUCAACUUCCCGAGUUCCAAGUCUUGUUUAACGAUCAUGUCUCCAACGAUUUCAACCGGCUUUUCACAUCUCUUCCUUCCGAAAGAGCAUACUUCGCAGUGGGAGUCCCGGGUUCUUUCCACGGUCGCUUGUUUCCCAGAUCCUCUCUCCACUUUGUCUACUCUUCGUAUGCUUUGCACUGGAUAUCUAGAGUACCGAAAGAGGACAUCGGGAGGUUUCUAAAUGCUAGAGCACAAGAGAUUGUCCAUGGAGGGUUGAUGGCCAUUGUUGUUCCAGCUUGCCCCAGUGGAACUCCACAUGCUGAUGUCUUCAUUAACAAGGCUAUUGAACUUCUUGGGUGCUGCCUCAUUGACAUGGUUAGAAUGGGUGUGACAAGUGAAGACAAAGUUGACACUUUUAACUUAUCAACAUAA